CCCCAAAUUCCCAAAUUCCCUGUUUUAGGCUUCAUCCCGCGGAUUUCCCAUCCUUGUCUUCUCUUCAAUUCUUCAUGAUCUUGCCGACUGCUUCGUUUACACGUGUAGUGAAAGCCUGACCACUUUUUGUUGGUAGUCGAUGCUUUAAAAACCUUCAAAAUGUCAGGCGGGCUAGACGUAUUGAGUCUUAAAGAAGAUGAUGUGACCAAAAUGCUGGUUGCCACUGCGCACAUCGGCACAACCAAUGUUAACUUCCAGUUGGAAUCCUAUGUCUACAAACGGAGGAAGGAUGGUGUCCACAUCAUCAACCUGCGCAAAACUUGGGAGAAACUCCUGUUGGCCGCAAGAGCAAUUGCUGCUGUAGAAAACCCUGCCGAUGUCUACGUCAUCUCUUCCCGGCCUUAUGGACAGAGAGCAGUUCUUAAAUUCGCCACUCACACUGGUGCCACCCCCAUCGCUGGGCGAUUCACACCUGGUGCUUUCACCAAUCAGAUUCAAGCUGCUUUCCGAGAGCCGCGUAUCUUAGUUGUCACAGACCCAGAAUUUGACCACCAACCUGUGACAGAAGGAUCAUAUGUGAAUAUUCCUGUUAUUGCUCUGUGCAGCACUGACUCCCCCACUCGUUACAUCGAUAUCGCUAUUCCAUGUAAUAACAAGACACCCACUUCCAUAGGUCUUAUGUGGUGGUUAUUAGCACGUGAGGUUCUGAGGUUACGAGGUUUAAUCACCCGAGAAAGCAAAUGGGACGUCGUCGUUGACUUGUUCUUCUACAGAGACCCAGAAGAGGCGGAGAAAGAAGAACUGGCCGCAAAGGAAGCUGCUCCUGCUGCUGUCCCAGCUGUAAAGGCCGCUGAAGGUAUCGAAUACACAGCCCAGGCCGAUGACUGGAAUAUCCCAGCCGUACCUGAGGUCGUCCCAGUCGCCCAAGAUUGGAAUGCUGAGGUCCCAGCCGUAGCCCCAGUCCCUGUCGCUGCUGCUGCACCAGUGUACGCACCACCCCCCACACAAGCUGCUGAUGACUGGACUGCUCCCGUUUCAGAGGAAUGGCAAGCAGGCACCGAAUGGGCCAGUGGUAGUGGGAACUGGAACUAACUGUAAAUUCUCUUCUUUUUUUUUAAUAGAUUAUUGACAAGUUUAUAUUACAGCUCAUUUUUUUCUAUUACUUA